AGCACAAUGCCUCGAUCAUUUUUAGUGAAGCGUCACCAGACUGUUAUAAAAUUCACAGGAUGGGGGCACCUGGUUGAUGCAGAAAGAGGGGACCUCUAUGUUCCAGACUCCAUGUUUUUCCCAUUCAAGACUGACAAACAAGCAGCAUCCCCAGUUCCAGAGGGUCCAUUUUCCUGUCGUGCAUGCAGGAAAUGCUUUCCACUUCAGCGCAUGUUAACACGUCACCAGAAAUGUCACAGCAUCCAGAAAAGGCAUCACUGCCCAUGCUGUUCAAAAGGGUUCAAUGACACCUUUGACCUCAAGCGUCAUAUGAGAACUCAUACAGGGAUCCGCCCUUACAAAUGUCCUGUGUGUGACAAGUCUUUUACUCAGCGCUGUUCUUUAGAGUCCCACUUACGCAAAAUCCAUGGCAUCCUGCAAAAUUAUGCCUACCGCCAGCGCCGAUCCAAGAUCUAUGUGUGUGAGGAAUGUGGCUUCACUUCUCCCAAUGCAGAUAAUUACACACUUCAUGUUGUAGAGGUGCACCCCAACAACCCAUUGCUCUCAAAAAACUUGCGAAAAAGAGGAACAGGCACAUUAAGAGAGGAAAUUAGUAUCCUGCACCAUACCACACCAUACUACAUUUGAAAACUUUUACACAUAUAGCCUCUAUCUCUCCAGAAUAAAAAUUUAGUGAAAGGAGCAAGUGUUUAUUUAAAGUAAAACAUAACAUUUAAAAAUAUAAAAACAUUAUUUAUUUCUAAAUCAGACACUAUAACAUAUCCCAGCAAAAAACAAAACAUAAGGCUAUUUAAGCCUUCAACAAUCACUCCGUCCAGCGAUGACCGCAGUGUGGUGCUGUACAUACAUAAUACAGUCGCAUGGCAUCCUAAAGAGAAAGCAACACGGUCUGUGUAUUACAAAUAUUAGGAACACAAUCAAAUGCCAAUAAACAUGUGAUGUGAUGUUUGUAGCAAGUUGGGUCUGUAUCUCAAUAAAAUAAGUAAGGUGUA